AGGGUCCCCAGUGAGUGACCAGAGCGACGUUAAAUUGGCGCCAUCGUGUCGCCUCCAUUCACUCGUUAGUUUCCUCGCCGCUCCCAGAUCGGCAGAUUUUACCUGCUCUGCUCCUCGCCAGCCGGCCGGCCGGGCCAUCGCACGUCGCCCGUCGCGCGCGCGGGCAGGCAGGCAUGGGAAAGAAGCACGCGGCAGGUGGCGGCUGGUUCGCCGCCGUCAGGAAGGUGUUCCGGCCGUCGGGCUCCGGCGGCUCAUCCGCGACCACCACCACCUCCUCCUCCUCGUCCAAGGACAAGGAUAAGGACGCCGUGCAGCACGGGAAACAGGCCACCGCCGCCGCCGCCGCCGAAGAGCCAGAGGUGCUGCUGCUGGAGCACUUCCCGGCGUCCGAGACGUCGGCGGAGGCGAGCAACGAGGGCGGCGACGCGGAGGCGGAGCUGGCGGCGGUUGCGGCGACGACGAAGGGUCGUCGUCGUCGAGACGACGAGGUCGGCGACGAGGAUGGGGAGAUGGAGGAGGAGCUGGCCGACGACAUGGAGCGCGCGAGGGCGCUGGCGGCCGCGGCCGAGGCUGCCGUGGCCGCGGCCGAGGCGGCUGCCAGAGUGGUGCGGCUUGCGGCGCUCCGGCGCCUGUCGCGCGAGGAGCGCGCCGCCGUGCGCAUCCAGGCCUACUACCGCGGAUACCUGGCCCGGCGAGCCCUGCGCGCACUACGUGGCUUGGUGCGCCUGCAGGCGCUGGUGCGCGGUCACCAGGUGCGGCGGCAGGUGCACCUCACCAUGCGCUGCAUGCAGGCCCUCGUCCGAGCCCAGGCCCGCGUCCGCGCGCGCCGCCUCACCCAACACCCGCUCCUCCUCCUCCCGCCGCCGACACCUCCAGCCAGCAGUCCCACCCUGCUGUUGGGAGCGGGGCGUCCAUUAUGCGUCGAGCUGGCAUUGCAGGGCGACCACGACGUCGGUGACGACGGCGAGGUGGCCGAUCUGUUGCUCCAGCAGAGAAGCAGGAGCAGAGGCAGGUUUGGAAGAGGCGACGAUAACGGCGGCGCGAGGAGCCCUUCCGGGGCCUGGGACAGCAGUAGCCGCACCCUGGAGGACGCCAGGGCGGAGGGCGCGCGCCGGCACGACGCCGCCGCACGCCGGGAGCGGGCGCUCGCCUACGCCUACGCCUACCAGCAGCGGCAGUGGCAGCGGCAGGAGGACGAGAAGGCCGGCCUGGGCUUCCACUGGCUAGAGCGCUGGAUGGCUGCGACGACGCAGGCGCAGCAGCAGGAGCACGCGCCCGACCACGCCAAGACGCACCAGAGCACCCCCACCAGGACGACGUCAUCCUACGUGACGGCGGCCGCUGCUUUCGCGAACGGCAUGUCGGAGAAGACGGUGGAGACGGAGACGACGUCCCGGAGCCCACUGAACCAGGCCUCCGCGGCUGCUCACGGGCGUCCGCCCGCGAUCCCGGGCUACAUGGCUGCGACAAGGUCGGCUCGAGCCAAGGCGCGCCCCGCGCCGCCAUCGGCUACACCCACGCAUGCCAGGAGCCGGUCGGGUGGCGGGCUCGCCGGGGACACGUCGAGCUCGGGCCAGAACGGCAGUGCGGUCGCCGGGUACAGCCCGGACUCGAGCUGCACAGGGGACUGGACCCCGCCGCGGCUCGGUGUCAGCACGCGCACCAGCAGGGUGGCCUAUACUUGAGCUUGACUUGAGCAUGGCGACAACAUCAGUUUCAUCAUCAUGAAUGUGCGCUUGAGAGUUGAGACUCAUUUUUGAAUGUUCUUGUUUGUUCAAAAUUUAUGUAUAGCUUGCUCUGUCAGAUGAGAUGACACGCCUGAUGCCGCUGUAAACGCUCUGAAUACUCAAAAUGAUUGCGAAUAAAACACUCGAGAAUUCUAAAUGUGUUAUUGCUCAA